AUGCCUCCCCGUGCCGUUGCCAGUCCCAAGAGGAAACGAUCCAAGCGCAAAGGAUCUGAUGCUUUAAAGACCGGCUUGCCAAAGAAGUCGCGGGCUGCAGACAUUGCCGAAGUACCCAGCAUGGUACCUCUCGUGUCACUCGGCCUGGCUGGAGCAGAAGCAGCAAAUGAUGCUCCCCGACGUUCUGGCUGCCCUAAUGCAGGAACUGGAGGUAGGAACGCCCAGCUGGAGAAAAUUGGAUUAGCGCUACAAUCUAAGCCUCGAGCUCACGAACACAAGGGUAGGACGUCCCUUGGUCCCAAUGUUCCAGUCAAUCCCCAAGCCCCAGAGCCACGUCGUAAAGGUCGAAAGAAAGAUUCUAAGGCGGUUCCUCCACCGUAUAGCUUGCUCAUCAGUGAUGCUCCAGAUGCCUCAGCCAUGGAUAUUGCAGAGCCCAGCUUGACAUUACUACAACCUGGCAGACGGUUUGGAUUUGCUGCUUCAAACACCACAGACUUUGUUCAUCCCGGUACUGCUAAGCCCAAUCUUCAGGUGUCGGAAAACCCAUAUGUCACCGUUGGGAUGAAGGUCGCUGAGCAGCGAGCUAGGGACGUUAUUGCUGAGCAGCGAGCUAGGGACGCUAUUGCUGAGCAGCGAGCUCGGGAUGCUAUCAAUGAGAAACGAGUUCGGGACGCUAUCGCUGAGAAACGAGCUCGGGACGCUAUCGCUGAGCAGCGAGUGCAGCAUACCCAGAGGUCCGUCUUUUUGGAGCACAACUUAGACCCAGCUCUGCGCCAGGAGGAUGACACUGUUAGGGCUCAACGUCAUCUGAGGCUGCUAGGAUCUGAGGAGGACAGCGACUCCAAAAGCAGCAGCAGCAACGACAGCGAUGACAGUGACAACAGCGACAACAAAGAUCCCGACAGAGAGGCUGACGGAGAGGAUGAUGAAGAGGGGGAGAAUGAUGACACUGUCAAGAGCUCGCAGGAGUUUGGUUGGGGGGAGGCCGGCCGGCGCCAGAAAGAACAUCCAGGAUUUUCAAAGGAUGCACUACCUUCGCAACCUCCAGUCGCUCGUCCACUCACACCUGAAUUUGAAUUCCAGUAUUCACGUGAUGAAGAUGAUGUUGUUGCCCUGACGAGCCUUGAUAAAACCUCCCGGAACGAAAGCUCUCAGGGCCCUCAGGACAUCUCACCAGGCCUACAGCGGCAACAGUCCCAACACAUUGAGACCAUUACCUUGAAGCCCGAGGAUGUAUUGCAGCGCCACCAUGAGAAAAACAGAAAGCCCCGUCUUCCUGACCCUGACUCCCUCAAGCUGCUAAAUCAAGAAACCGAGUCUAGCGUUCAGCCAUCAAGAGCCAAAAGGUCCAAGGCAUCGGGUAGUGGGCCAACACCCGAUCAACUAUCUUGGUAUGGCCCGCGCUGGAAGCGUUUUCUGGAGGAUGCCAAAGCGGAAUGUCGCCUGCAACAUGCCCUGGAGAAUCCGUUUCCAGCCUUGGUGAAGAACCUACCAGGAUCAAUCACCGAAGUUCUUAUCGCAACGUUGGUUAUGUGGGAUAGGAACGGUGAACAAUUUGAAGCUGGGGUUUGGCCUGAGCAAAAAAUUAAUAUGUCUCAGUUGUCUGUACUGAAGCUGUACGACGAUCUUUCAACUUGGCGAUCAGACUUGAAGAAAACUGCCAUAAGCAUUGCACCACUAUCAUAUUCGCUCAUUCCCCCGCUUUCGGUCCCCGCUCAAGAACGUGCUGCUUGGAUUGAACAUGCGGCUGCUGGUUUAAUCAAAGAAUCACUAUUCUUACGGUUUGGGGUGGACGAAAUGGGGAAAACGCGAAAUUUUGCCCAUCCCGCCCUUCGUGAGGUUGCCAUCGCAUUCUUUUACACAGGGCCAUAUCGAAUCGCGCAAAGGAUGCCAGAGAUCUUCUGUACGGAAUUGCCACUCUCGUGUUUGGCUUUGGUUGCUGCAGUGUUCAAUUGCGUCCUCGACGGUCUUGCGAAAAACGGACAUGGAAAAUCAUACCCGAAUUUUUCAAGCAAGGACUACAGCCCUAUUUACAAUCGGAUGCUCAUAUUUCUCAAAGAUAUCCUUGGAGACGCGUAUCAUGGUCCGAGGCUGGCCGCAGCAUUGAAUCUCGAAGGAGUUGUUGAGGCGAAGCACGACCACCUGCAAAUUCUUCUCAACUAG